UGUUUGUAUUGUUAGUUCUACAAAUGCUGUCUUCUAAGCAAGCAAGUUCAGUGCAAAUUUUCAGGCAAACUCGUACAUUUAUUAUAAAAAAAAAAAAAAGUUGUUACAACAAAAAUAAAACAUAGAACAAAAUAAAUGAUCGAGUUACUUUUUGAAUGCAAAUAACGGCGGAGGGCAAUUAGCAAAUAGAACAUUAUAAUUCGAAACAUCGCACCGUCUGCUCCGAACAUUUUUUAAAACUUUUAUCACUUGCAAAAUUAAUUAAGACGACUAGAACGUCAGACUGUCAAAAGAUUGUAUUAAAUCAAUUAAUUCUGCCAAAGAUUUCUACAGAGGGGUAACAAUAAAAAGGAACGACACUCGUCAGGAAAGUGGCUAUUCGCAAAAAAUUCCGACGAAGCAAGAAAGGAAAUAAAAGACACCAGUCGAAAUCAACAGAUUUCGAUACUUCUAAUAAAGUAGAGACAAUUGUUCACGAAAUGAAAAUACCGUUUCUAAUUCUUAGUUUGGCUGUGGUGUACAGUAUCUGCCAAACAUAUGACGAAGAAAAUGACGUGGUUAAAGCAUUACAAAAUAAUGAAGAUUACAAAAAUUAUGCAAAUAUGCCUUUCGAAAGAUUUUCCGCGAGAUACAAAAGAACCAUUUUAUCAUCAACUACAUAUCCGAUAGACACACUAUUAAGUUUAUUAGGAGUUAAUGGUGCCAGAUCUUCAGUGAGAAACGUCAUAACUUUCGCAACUGAAUUAUUGAGUGGAAAUAGAAAUAUAUGCUCCAAAGUAGACAAGUUAUCUUUAGCUACCAUCCCGAAAUGUGUAACAAAUCCGAUUGAGGCGAUCGAAAGCGUAAUAUGUUACGUAACCGAAACAAUCGCGACAACAAGCAAUGAAUUUUUUGACAAAGCAUUCAACGUGAUCUUUUACUUCAUUAAAUGUACAGGUUUACCUUCACUGCGCAAAUUACUGAAUGCAAUUAAUUAUUAUAUUCCUUUACCCAGCCAAUUUCAGGAAAUGAUCGGAUUUUUCAACACGAUGUAUGAUGUUGGCGUAAUGCUUGGAUGGUUCCCAGAUGAAAUUCAAUUUUCUAUUUGUUAAAGCACAUUAGAAAUUAUAAAGUUAA